UGUACAAAGCAUGAGGAGAGUCCAGAGCCUGAGGGGAGUUGCUGUGAGAAGGACAAAAGCCCAGUCGUGUGGUCCACACUCUGUAUUCCCACUUCACAAGUCGCAUGCUCUUCCUUUCUUACUUGUUCCAUUCGAACACUAAGAGGGGCCAAGGGUUCUUCGUCUUAUAAUUUAGUAACAAAUACAUCCAAGGAGGCCAGGACCCAGAUUAGAGAGACUUUUUGUUUUCUGGGUCUUGUUAUAAAGAGUGAAAACUGGUGGGAAUCUCCGUUGCAUUCACUUUUGAAGAGACCCAUGGAUUCUAUGCUUAUUGGGUCCUUUCCGCGACCUUGUUCCUCUUAUGUUUCCAGUGGUAUGGGCUUGACUCUUGCUCUGGCUCUCGAUGUGCUGAUGAUUGAUUUUCGUUUCGUAAUUCUGGAUGACUGGAGAACUGUCAAAUUCAAGCUGGGCCAUUCUCCAAGUUCCUAUGUUCCAGUCCAGAUUUCGAGGAAUGGAGCAGGAAGAUCUUAUACUGUGAGCUUCCAGCAGCAUCUUACAAAGCAUCAUGUUAGAGGUAUUCAGGAAGGAUGCACAUUCUACAAGAGAUGGAAUACAAAGUGUGUUGUGAAUGCAGCCUCUGGACAACCUCUUGAAUCUGAGCCUGGAGCUUCUAGUCCAAAGAGCACUUUGACACCUGUGAAAAAUGCCUUAGAUGCUUUCUACAGGUUUUCACGGCCUCACACAGUGAUAGGCACAGCAUUAAGCAUAAUCUCAGUUUCCCUCCUCGCAGUCGAGAAACUUUCAGACUUUUCUCCGUUAUUCUUUACUGGGGUCUUGGAGGCAGUGGUAGCUGCCCUCUUAAUGAAUAUUUACAUUGUUGGUUUAAAUCAGAUAUCUGACAUAGAGAUAGACAAGGUUAACAAGCCAUAUCUUCCAUUGGCAUCAGGGGAAUAUUCUGUUGGAACUGGUGUUGGAAUUGUCACAUCUUUUGCCUUUAUGAGUUUUUUGGUCGGAUGGAUUGUUGGUUCAUGGCCGCUAUUUUGGGCUCUUUUUGUUAGUUUUGUGCUUGGAACUGCAUAUUCCAUUGAUUUGCCACUCUUGAGAUGGAAGAGAUUUGCUCUGGUCGCAGCAAUGUGCAUCCUUGCUGUUCGGGCAGUGAUCGUUCAAAUUGCAUUUUAUAUGCACGUGCAGACUUUCGUGUAUGGAAGACCAGCAGUCUUUUCAAGGCCUCUGAUUUUUGCCACCGCAUUCAUGAGCUUCUUCUCAGUUGUUAUAGCCUUGUUUAAGGAUAUACCUGAUAUUGAAGGGGACAGGAUAUUCGGCAUCCGGUCGUUUAGUGUACGUUUGGGUCAGAAGCGGGUGUUUUGGAUUUGUAUUUUGUUACUUCAAAUGGCUUAUGGUGCUGCAGUUUCAGUUGGAGCAACAUCUUCCUGCCUUUGGAGCAAACUCGUCACGGUGUUGGGACACGCUGUUUUGGCUUCUAUUCUUUGGACCCGAGCCAAGUCUGUUGAUCUAAAGAGCAAGGCUGCAAUAACAUCCUUCUACAUGUUUAUAUGGCAGCUCUUUUAUGCUGAGUAUUUUCUGAUUCCACUUGUAAGGUGAGUUUUCCGGGAAAAUUUGCAGAAGGGGGUCUGAUUGUUCAAAUGAUGUUCCUCUUGGAAGAAGUUACCAAAACUGUUUGGAAUGUAGUAGAUGUUUUACUCUGAUUCCUUUGGUUUAAGAAUUUGAGAAAUGUUGUUGUUAUGGGUAGAUAUUGUGGGUGAAAUUGGAAUUUUCAUCAGACUUAUAAAAUCGGCUACAAUCUGUAUAUUUUCUGACAAAUAUGUAUAUAUUUUCCGCACAAUAAAAAUCUUCAAACCUUUAAAUAAAAUCUUCAAGUUUUUUAUGAA